AAUAAAAAUGUCAACGACUUUCAGUUGAGUUUUUGUUUUUUCCUGAUGUACACAAAAAAUGAAUUAUUUUUAAAUUUUUAAAAUUGUUUAUUAUUUUAAUUUAAUUACAAUGAGUUUUUCCUCUUGCAUUAAAUUGCCGACACACAGAACAGAUAAUUCACCAGAGAAAGAUAUUUCUUCACGUGGACACCUGGAUAAUGAUAAAUAUACAUAUAAUGAAUUAAUAUCAAUAGCCAAUGAAGUAUUCGGACAUGGGAAAUGGAGUCAUGCUGUCACUAGUCAAACUGUUGACUUUGUUGAAUAUGUCAUGGGAAAAUAUUUAAUUGGCUGUGCUGCAUUUGUAAGAGUACAAUUACCUGAUGGUACUUAUCAUGAAGAAAUGGGAUACAGUAACGCUGAAUCAUCAGUCAAAGGUGCUGCUGUUUAUGAAGCUAGAGUCUCUUCAAUAACAAACGCGCUGAAGAAAUCUCUCCUCUGCUUUGGCGGCAUAAUCGAAACGAAAAUAAACGAGCAAAUAUUGUCGGUGGCUCAUAAAUCAAAAAUACAAAAAACGAAUGAUAAUAAAUUGUCCCAAAGCGAUCAGAGAUCAAAGGAAAUAGCAAAAGUGUCAACAAGUAACUCGGUACCAAAGCCUUCUAGUUCUACAAAUACAGACAUAGAAAACGUUAAUUCUCCAAAUGAACGAGCAAAGAAAGAAGUUUUUAAGGAAGAGAAAAAAGACAUUUUAAAAGAAGGAAAAAAAGAUGAAGUAAAAGUAAUUAGCGGCGUGUCAACUACUACUUCUACAGUACAAUUAAUUAAACCUCCGUCUAAAAGUACAGACAUCACAACACGAACUACAGUCAUGACAGAUGAAGAAUUACGAUUAGAACGUAAGCGUAAACAGAGAGAAAAACAAGAGGAGUAUCGUCGACAAAUGAUGUUGAAAGGUGAAGUAGAUGUUAAAGUUGACGAAAAAGUACAAAAAAAUCAGUAAUUAAUAAUUAAUUAAUAAGUUAAUCGUGUUUACAAUUUUAUAAAUUAGAGUAAUUGAUUAGUCGUUUGUAAUACAACGAAAAAAGUAUUAAAUAAAUUUUUUUAUAAAUUAAAUUAUAUUGAGUCUGAGGUUUUUUAU